AUGUAAGUGACUAAAGAUUCCUUUGAUUGGGCAGUGGGUCUUGAACCUCCAAUAUCCUGGAAUACUCAAAAUGCUACUUUCAAUAUAUAUUAGUACUUCUCUUUAUAUGUCAUAGUAAAUGAUCCCGAAUUAGGUAAAUAGACAUAUGUUCAACUAGCUCCUUGCUAAGAUUAUCGGUUCUUUAAUGAUUCAUAAUUUAAGGUUCACCUGGAAGAUGCUGAAGAUAAUAACUUCUAAUUACUCUGCACUGAAGAUAAUCAGUGA